CUACAUGCCUUCUAAUGUGAUGAAAUAAAUUGAAAUAGAUUUGAAAGCCACGCAACGAGCAAAAAAGUAGAGAGUAGCGAAGAAGGUGGUAUAUAUGGUUUUUUAAUAUUUAAAGAAAUCGACCUAGAGUGCUACCAGUUUUAAUUUUUUAUUACUGAAUUGCCCUGUGUUGCGUGUCUUGGGAGUUCUAUGGUGACACUGCUUAAUUGUGAUCCACCGAAGUAAGGCUGAAGUGCAAGAACAUCGCCAUCACCAUCAUCAUCCUCUUCCGAUUCGUCCGGCCAUAUUAAACAAAAUGGAAUUCAUCGGCAGUGAUGUCGGAGACUGGUGGACGACAGCAGCGACGGGAAUGCAAGGGACUGAGGCGGCGAGGCUACAUUUCAGGUGUUGGGUGGCAGAGCAAUAUUUUUGAAUCCGAAUGUGGUGGUGGAGAUGGCGCGCAGUGUGGCGGCGAUGAUAGUUGUAGUGCGGUGGCACAGUUGGCAUUGUGGCAGUUGUGGUGGUGUCUAUGUGACGGCAGUCGUGGUGGCAAUGUGUCGGUGGAUCGGAGUUUGAAAUAUGCAGGCGCCGGCAGNCACCGGAAAACCGAGGCGGUGGUCGGAGGUGUGUGGCGGCCAGAUCCGGACAGGUCUAAUGUAGUAUAAUCUCCAUCACCUCCGCCCAUUUAAUUUUUCUUUUUUCCCAAAGCUUCCCAUAUUUGUUCAUAGUUCUAACUAUAAAUUUCCCAGAUUUCCCCAAUUCCUCAAUUUAAUUUUAUGUGUAAGAAAGUUAAUUUUUGUGGUAAUAAUGGUUGAAGGAGAUGUAUGAGGGUUCACAGAAGGAAGUGAGGAUUGAGGAUCGGAAGAGAGUAGGCAUAAGGGUAAUAUGGGAAAGUCAAAGACAAUUUCAACUUUUCUUAAAGUGCGUGCCGGG